ACAAUUCACAUUCAUUAUUAUUACUAACAAAUCCUUUUUUUAGGCAAAAUAUCUACUCAUUAUUUUUUUUUGAAUAAUCUUACAUUACACGUAAUCUAUACAUUUUCAGAUGUGAUUUUUUUUUUUUUUUGACGAAAGAUUUGAUUUGUUAAAUAAAUAAAAAACAUUUAUUAGAUUCGUGAUGAUGUGAUAAAACAAAACAAAACAAAACUCAUAGGUUUUUUUUCUUCAGAAGCUAUAGAAAGACUCAAAAGAGUGUGAAAUAUAAAUUCAUCAUAAUCGAAACCCUAAUUCCCAAAUCACAAACUCAAUCAAUUUCAAUGGAGGGAAUGUUAUCUCCCACUGAUCAACAAACAUUGGUCUCUUCCUUUCUCGAAGUCGCUCAAGGCCAAACCGCUGCCACCGCUAGACAGUUCCUUCAGGCUACAAGUUGGAAACUUGAGGAAGCUCUUCAGUUGUUUUUGAUUGGGAGUGAAACUGGAGCGGUGCCGGCGCCGUCAUCUUUCACUCCUCCUUUAGAGAAUGCUGAUUCUUUUAAUGAUCCAUCUAUUUUUAGUGAACCAAGGAAUCAAAGUGGUGGACUUGCUGAUGGAGAUGAAGUGCGCGCUCCUUUGCCUGUUAUAAGGGAAACACUUUAUGAUAAUACAAUGCUAUUUGGAGGAGCAACGCUUGGACAUCUCUCACAGGAACCAAACUCCUUAAUUGCGUUCCGUAACUUUGAACAGGAAACGAGGCGUCCAGGGGUUUGGGAAACAGAGCAAGGUGCCGCCUCUACUGCAGAGAGUUCUCAGGACACACUUGCUUCUCUUUAUCGCCCUCCUUUUCAUCUAAUGUUCACCGGUUCUUUUGAUAAGGCAAAAGGUGCCGCUUCUUUGCAGGACAAGUGGUUAUUGGUCAACAUACAAUCUACCAAGGAAUUCAGCUCACAUAUGCUUAAUCGGGAUACAUGGGCAAAUGAUGCUGUUUCACAGACCAUCAGUACAAACUUCAUAUUCUGGCAGGUAUAUGAUGAUACAACUGAAGGCAAAAAAGUCUGCACUUAUUACAGACUGGAUUCAAUUCCUGUUGUGCUUAUUAUUGAUCCCAUCACUGGCCAAAAGAUGCGCUCCUGGGGCGGAAUGGUUCAACCUGAAAGCUUAUUAGAAGGUCUGAUAACAUUUCUUGAUGCCGGUCCUAAGGAUCACCACACUACCUUGUCUCACAAGCGUCCUAGAGCAAGUUCUAGCCCACCAAAAACUAAAGCUACAGUAGAUUCAAAUGCGAGUAACGAGGAGGAUGAGGAAAUUAAAAGAGCUCUGGCAGCUUCAUUGGAAAGCGUGAAAGAAUCAAAUGAAAUGGCCGAAGGAGAUAAUGAAGAUGCAAAUGUUGCUGGUAACUUGCAAGAAACAGCCUUACCAAAGAGGCCUGCUUAUCCAACUCUGCCCGAAGAACCUAAGGUUGAAAAAAAUCUCUUAUGCAGAGUUGGUGUACGGCUUCCGAAUGGACGCCGUGCUCAGCGAAACUUCUUACGCUCUGAACCAAUUCAGCUGCUGUGGUCAUUCAUUGCUACUCAGAUAGGGGAAGAAGAUGAAACCAAGCCAUUUAAAUUAACUAAUGCAAUUCCUGGUGCAUCGAAAAAUUUGGACUAUGAAAGUAAUUUAACGUUCGGGGAAUCCGGCCUUGCCAACUCUAUGAUUUCAGUGACUUGGGACUGAGUUCAGAUUCAAGAAUUUGGGAUCGGUGAUCUAUGACCCUGUCUUCCAAUCUUUUGACAUGAGGCUGAUUUAUGCUGAAAGAAAAAGAGAAGUUUUAUUUAAACUCUUUUGUGUAUAAAGUAUAAACUAUGGAUCUAAAUUAUGCGUAGAAUCAAUGGAAAUAUACCAAUUUCGCCA